AUGGAAGAAAACGAGCAUUUCUUUCAAGACGACUCCAAGAGCACCUGCAUGGAAAAAAUGGAGAGCACGUUUGGUUCGAAACUCUUGUUUCUGAUGCACGUGGCAUGUGGGCAGCACCUGAACCUGCCGACGCCGCGCUGGAAAUUAAAUCCGGCUUUGAAAAUAAUCAUCGGAUUGUUCGGAGGUCUCAUCUUCGUGGGUGUUGCGUUCUUCGUGGCCAUUUCCGGCUACAUCCUCGGCCAAAAUUUGCACGACUUUGAGAACACCGUCCUGCUGACCGGCGGCCUUUUCGGCUUCCUGCAGUGCUUCCUGCGCAUCGUCUACACCACAGUCAGGAAAAGGAAAAUCGAGGGAAUUGCAGAGAAGGUGCACAGAGCUUUAAACAGGCACGCACUUGGAACAGGCUCGGAAGAUUUCAACAAGAGGCUAUCCUGGACAAUCACAGCACUGCUAAUAGUUUGGUCAAGCAGCUUCGCCUUCGCAGUAAUUUCGAUAGUCACUGUGAACUUGUCGGGUGUGACUGUGAACCGAAUGCUGCACGACUUUCACGCCAACGAGACUGAUCUGGACCACACUAUGAGGGUCGAAAUGCGGCUCAGUUACAAAGCGACCGUCGCCACGACGAAAUUGAUGCAGAAUUUGGGUCUGCGUCCGUCGAUUUUGACGGUGAAAUGCGUCAUGGGCGCAUUGUUCGCCUCCUGCUACUGGGCCAUCGGACGACUCGUCGUCUCGGACGUGCUCUUCUACUCGUGGUACAGCGUAAUCGUGUACCAGUACCAGCAGCUCAUCGACUGCCUCCCAGAAGCGAUUGCGGACGGCGGCAAGAAAUUAAAAUACUGGGCGCAUUACCACGCAAAUUUGAACGAGUUGCUGCGGGAGGUCAACACAUUCACCGCUCCAGUGAUCUUGGUUUCUGUCGUUUUUACAGGAAUAAAAAUUUGCAUCUGUUCCUUUGUCAUUUUCAAGCUGCACAACAAUAUGUCGGUUUUGCCUUUCGUCGCUUUUGGACUUGCGUCGCUGCAGCAAGUUUUCAUCUACUGCGUUCUUGGCCAAGCUCUGCAGAGCAAGAUUGAAAACCUGAAUGCAAAAGCGUACAAGUGUUCGUGGCUGGAGGGGAAAGGAGGGAUGCAAGGGGCGGCUUUCAUGAUUUGCCUGGCCGGAAACGAGAGGAGUGGAUGCAAACUGCCUGGCACACCGUUUUUUCCUAUGUCCUUGCAGUUUUUCGUCUCGAUUAUUGGCGUCGUGUUCACCUACUUCAUCGUCCUUCUACAGCUCAAUUAA